GCAAAAGGAGGUUGUCGCCGCUCCUCCGCGCUCUCUCUCGUGACUGUUGCGUCUUUGUACAGUGAUCAGCUUCAUUGUCUGAACUUUGUGAUAGGCCUAAAGCACGAAAAUAAAAAAAGGAAAUCGACAUGACAGCUCUUAUCUGAAGGAUGUCCAGAAUGCGACUGUCGUUCUCCUGGACUUCGAAACUGCAAAACUCUAUGAUAAUGGACCACUUGUGAUAAUUCUAUAAAUAGAAGAAAACAGAUGAAUAACAUCCUUACAUAGUCUUGAAUAACACUUGGAAAUAAGAGAACAAUUAUAAGUGGUUGAUUCAUUUUUUUAUGAUCUUUACUGGCCAUAGACUGCAGCCCAUGUCUAAAGUGCACAUUGACACGUUUAGGACCUAAUCCAAGUUACAUUUCCACCUCGACCGUCACACAAGCUGCGUCUCAGGAAAGUGGUCUUGCCAUGGGGUGCCACGGCGGGUCAGGGUGUGUGGCACGCUGUGUGUCUAUAAUGCUCGUCACUGUCUUCAAAGCAAGCACGACCUUGGGAACUGGUUUAAUCGACAUGGAAUACCCGGAAUUAUCUACCGCCCCGUACUUCAUGGCCGUUGGGAACCGGAAUGUAAACACGACGGUCGGACAGACGGCGUAUCUCCACUGUCGCGUGGCGCAGAUCGGCGACAUUGCGCAAGUCUCUUGGAUUCGGAAGCGGGAUCUGCACGUCAUCAGCUCAGGCAGCGUGGUCUUCGCGUCCGACCAGAGGUUCCAGGUGCUGCACCCGGAGAAGUCUGAGAACUGGACACUGCAGAUCAAGUACGCCCAAGAGAGAGACUCCGGCGUGUACGAGUGCCAGAUCAACACUGAACCAAAGAAUAUUCUGUCGUACUCUCUCACGGUGGUUGAGUCCCGCGCGCUGAUCCAGGGUCCCAGCGUCGUGAAGUCAGGAAGCACCAUCAACCUCACCUGCUCCGUCAGCCAGGCGGGGAUGGAAGGACUCGUGUACUGGUACCGCGACCAAGAGAUCCUGGACUACGAGGGCCCGGUGUCCAUCCUGACGCAGGAGACGCCGGAGGGAACCACGUCGCGCCUCACCAUCAGGGACGCCGCGCCCUCGGACUCCGGCAACUACACCUGCUGGCCCACCUCGGCGCUCCCCUCCUCCGUGCUCAUCAACGUCGUCCUCGAAGGAGAGCAGCCCGCGGCCAUGCAGACGGGGGUGGGGGCGCACACCUGUCCUGCGUCGCACCUGCUGUGGGUGCUCUUGCUGUCUCUCGCCCUCUCCCUGCUGCCGAGGCCCAGAUGAUAAACCCGAGAGAGAAGGGGAGAAGUGCAGAAUUACAACAGAAGUGUGAAUCAAGUGACAGCGAGACGUCAUCCUCAGAGAAGACGUCAUCCUCGAACCAUGACUUCAUCCUCAAACCAGAUGUCAUCCUCAAAGCUGACGUCAAACGUCACCCUCGAACCAUGACGUCAUCCUAGAACCAUGACGUCAUCCUCAAAGCAGACGUCAUCCUCAAAC